ACACACCACAUCAACUGCAACCUGCCCAGAAGGAGAGAAGAGGUGGUAGCACACACCUCAGCUGCAAUCACAGAGAUGGAAACAGCAGCAUUGCGGGACUGACUAGCUGCGGUCGCUGCUGCGAAGCUUUUUGAAGGAAACUAACUUCGGGAGAGAAACUUAACUUCUUCCCCACAGCGAAUCGCCUGAGUCACGCAGAGCGUCGUUUCCGGCUCCCUGUCUGUCUUAGUAUGUGCGUGCAGGGGAAACUCUGCUUCGCCGCCGGUGACGCUCACCAAAAGCUCUCUCAUCGUCUGAAUUUAGAGAGAGGAAAGAGUCUUAAUUAAGCUGUACAAUGCGUUCAGAUAGCAGUUAACGAAACAGCCGUGACAUUUUAAUACGCAGCAAACCAGAUGCGAACUCUCACAUUCACCUGGAGAUUUGCUGCAUUCGCGAUGAUCGUGACUACGAGACACUGAGCAGCUGUAUCCCUCCUCUCUCUCUUUCUCCCUCCCGCUCUCUCUUUUGUCUUUUUCUCUCUCUCUCUCUCUCUCGCUCUCUCUUUGCGGGUUCACUACAAGGCUACCAGCCAUUUAGCCAUUUCAGCAGUGCAAUGGAGCAGCUCAGAUUCAGCACCUUGGACACCGCUGGAGUUCUACUGUGUUUGUUCGCGAUCCUGGUCCGGUUUACGGUCUCCGCCGAGCAGGAGGGAGAGAACCUCUCCGGUCUGUCCACCAACCCGGAUAAAGACAUGUUCGUGGUCCGAGAGAACGGGACCACCUGCCUCAUGGUCGAGUUCGCUGUCCGCUUCACGGUCCCCUUCGAUGUCCUCGCGCUCAACGGAAUAGAUCUUAUCACGGAGAAUGCGUAUCUGGCUCUGCCUCGCGGGGCAGACAUAGAGGGGAAAUGCGGGAGCCAGGAUGCCCAUAUACACAUCUCGUGGAAUGAUAACGCCUACACACUCCGCAUCUACUUCGUCAAGGAACUCAGUGGCAAUGGACAUGUGUGGAGAAUUAGCAAGAUGCAGUUCGUUUAUGACACCUCGGAGAAAACGCAUUUCCUCAACCCAUACAACCCUGGGAAGCACACAGCCAGCACCCACCAUUUGUCAGCGUUAGAGACCCCUGCUGGCCGCUCAUAUGUCUGCGAGGCUAAGCAGACACUCACCCUCAUCUCCAGUGACCACCAAAAGGGAGUGACUGUUGCCAUAAGUGACGUCCAGAUCCAGCCCUUCGACAUCAACUCAGAUUUCAUGUUCAGUGAAGCCUAUAAGUGCAUCACGGACCAGAGGGAACAGCUGGAGGAGACUCUUCCUCUGAUCCUGGGCUUCAUCCUGGGCCUCAUCAUCGUCAUCACACUGUCCGUCUACCACUUCCACCUUAAACUGACUGCUGCCACUCAGUCUCAGCUGCCUUGCGACCGAUCCAUGUACAACAACAUGUAAGGAACUGGACAUUUAAACAGCCACUGUACCACAAAUCUCCCUGGUAAAGAGGAAUAUGUAAGAUAUCAGAUAUUAUCAUCACAAUAGUACAACUCCAUGUUCAAGGUAAUAGGACAUUGAAUCAAGCACAACGUGAUGUUCAAGGUAAUAGGACAUUGAAUCAAGCACAACGUUGAUGUUCAAGGUAAUAGGACAUUGAAUCAAGCACAACGUGAUGUUCAAGGUAAUAGGACAUUGAAUCAAGCACAACGUGAUGUUCAAGGUAAUAGGACAUUGAAUCAAGCACAACGUGAUGUUCAAGGUAAUAGGACAUUGAAACAAGCACAACUCCAUGUUCAAGGUAAUAGGACAUUGAAACAAGCACAAUGUGAUGUUCAAGGUAAUAGGACAUUGAAACAAGCACAAUGUGAUGUUCAAGGUAAUAGGACAUUGAAACAAGCACAAUGUGAUGUUCAAGGUAAUAGGACAUUGAAACAAGCACAAUGUGAUGUUCAAGGUAAUAGGACAUUGAAACAAGCACAAUGUGAUGUUCAAGGUAAUAGGACAUUGAAACAAGCACAAUGUGAUGUUCAAGGUAAUAGGACAUUGAAACAAGCACAACUCCAUGUUCAAGGUAAUAGGACAUUGAAACAAGCACAAUGUGAUGUUCAAGGUAAUAGGACAUUGAAACAAGCACAAUGUGAUGUUCAAGGUAAUAGGACAUUGAAACAAGCACAAUGUGAUGUUCAAGGUAAUAGGACAUUGAAACAAGCACAAUGUGAUGUUCAAGGUAAUAGGACAUUGAAACAAGCACAAUGUGAUGUUCAAGGUAAUAGGACAUUGAAACAAGCACAAUGUGAUGUUCAAGGUAAUAGGACAUUGAAACAAGCACAAUGUGAUGUUCAAGGUAAUAGGACAUUGAAACAAGCACAAUGUGAUGUUCAAGGUAAUAGGACAUUGAAACAAGCACAAUGUGAUGUUCAAGGUAAUAGGACAUUGAAACAAGCACAAUGUGAUGUUCAAGGUAAUAGGACAUUGAAACAAGCACAAUGUGAUGUUCAAGGUAAUAGGACAUUGAAACAAGCACAAUGUGAUGUUCAAGGUAAUAGGACAUUGAAACAAGCACAAUGUGAUGUUCAAGACAUUACAACCACUAUACUAUAAAAUCAAGACAACAAGACCACUCUCCAUUCAAGGAUUGGACAUUAGAACAACAAUCAUUGACUACAAUUAUAACCGCAACGCUCCUGCCUCUCCAAAGUCAAACCAACGUGACUUCCCCUGCUCUGAACUUCACCAUAUAUUGGAGAGUAUGCCAGAACUUGAUGGAGGCCUAACUUGCAAUAUGGCUAACUUGAGAUAUGCUUUUGAGUAAAACCAUGCAUUGAAGUCAAUUGGAGACUUGCGCAACAUUUGAUUUACGCGCAGAGAUUUUUCAGUUAGCAUUCCACCCAUAGAUGGUGUUCUGUUGUUUGUGUCCAUAAAUCGUGGUUAUGUGGAGAAACCUGCAGUUUGUCAUUCCCCAUCCCCUGUCUCUCUGUCUUUCCUGUGAACACGCUGCAAAACAAGUUGUGAAAGUGGAGAGAAUUGUGCUGUGUGCAGGUGUUUCAACGACCUUCAGUGUAUUUACUUUGGUUUGAUGGAUCCUUUUCCAGAUCCCAUUUUAUGGAAUUAUAUCAAGAAACAUAUGAAAUAUGUAAAUAAAACAAAUAAAACAUCUUCUGUAAAAAACUCGCAAAGAAAUUAUGUAAUAAUUUAUCUUCAAUCAGAAUGUCAGACGAACAAAGUGUAUCAUUGUGAAAGAAAUGUGCGAUAUUUAAGCUUCAAAAAUAAUAAAUGUACAAUAUUUUCAGAAAGAACUAUGCUGAUGCAAACUUCACUGAAAUAAAUUUCCUAGGAGAUGUCCUAAA